GAUGGAUCUGGUACAUUGCUCGUUUGUUGCAUCAGCUAAUUUGUUCAUACUGAUGCAGAGGGUGACCGCAGCGGCCUAUAUGCAGAAGCAGGCGCAUUCGAUUGUGGUCAUUUUAAGCAUCGCGUCGGAAAAGCUUAACAGCGAAGACGGUGGAUUAGAGGUGCAGAUAAAUAAAACACUGCGUCGCUUACGAGAUUGUCCUGUCGCGUUCACGGCUGGGAACAUCCUUACGCUGAACACCGAGUUCAUUCUGUCGGUCUCCGGCAUUCUUAUUACGUACGUUCUGGUGCUGUAUGAGAUGAAUUCCAAAGACGAUCACCAUGCUGCGUUCUCAUGCAACUGUACAACGUAAACACACCCUUGUAUUCUCGAUCAUCAGCUCAAGCCCG